AUGUCUCGCCCAAUUGAGCCAUUGAAAGAGAUCAAUGAUUCAAAAGAUUUGUGGAAGAUCGCUGUUAGAUGCAAACAUCUAUGGACUGUCACAAGUUCUUCAAACAAAGAACACAUGGAGAUGGUUUUGGUUGAUUCCAAGCGUGAUAUGAUUCAGGCUGUUGUCCCUGCUUAUUUGCUUUCGAAAUUCAAAUCUGAAAUUGAAAUAGGAAACUCUUAUAUCAUGCAAAAUUUUAAAGUUGGGAAGAAUGAUUUUGCUUUUAAGUCGACAAAUCAUACAUACAAAUUGGUUUUUUGUGGGUCAACUUCUGUUAAGAAAGCAGAAUUUCCUGACAUCCCUCAUAACUACCUUAACAUAAUUGGUUUGAAUUCCAUAGUUGAAGGAAGGUUUCAAUCAAAUGUUUUGGUUGAUUUAAUUGGAGGAAUCAUUGAUAUCACUCAAACCCAAGUUAACGGUGACAACAGCAAGAACAGAAUAGUUUUUUCAAUUGUAGAUGCCAGCAAAACAGUUGUACAAUGUACUCUUUGGGGGCAACUUGCAAUUCAGCUAUAUGAGUAUUAUAAGAAUAAUAAGCAAGCCUCUGAUAUUGUCAUUGUGCUAAUCAAUGCAAGGGUUAAAGAGGCUCAAGGAGGAUUUCCCGUUAGUGUUUCCAACACAUGGAAUGGAACGAAACUGUUGAUUAAUGACCUUGCUAUUGAGGAAGUCAAGAGUCUAAAAGAAAGACAUGGUGUUGAUUUGCCUUUGUUAUCAUCUUCAAGUGUACAAGUUGAGGCAACGCAAAACUCAUUUUAUUCUGACUAUGACAAAUUUGAAACAACCUGUGUUACCGUUGCUACCCUCGAUAAGUUUGAUGCUGGGCAGAUGGGAUGGUACUAUGAUGGAUGUGUGGAAUGCACAAGGAGUGUGACUGCCAAGGAUGGAAAGCUGAAGUGUUUUCAGGAUCAUAUUAGCCCAGAACCUGUGCCACGGUAUAAGCUUGAUAUAACAGCUGUUGACGGCAGUUCGAAGGCAAAGUUCGUCUUUUGGGACACAGACUGCUCUGUUGAUUACGAUCCACUUGAGUUCCCUUACGAACUUGACUCCAUAUUGGAAAAAGAAUUGGCAAUUAGAGCUGUUUAUCAGCCUAAAAAUGGGAGACUUUCUGUCAUUGGCUUCAAGACUGAUGAAGAUGUGCGUAAUAAAAUUAAUGAGAGUUUCAAAUUUGAAGAGGAACCUGUAUCUGCGUCUGCAAAAAAUGACUUGACCAUUGAAAAUUCAGGACUCACUCCAUGUAAGAGACUUAUGAAUGAUGCAGUAGAAGAUAAUGAUAGUGUACAGCAAUCAUCAACCAAGAUGGCCAAAGAUAUUAAACAGGAGAAAUAG